AUGUUCCCACCUAGUACCCUGACAAAAUCUAAACAAAUUUCCACGGGGCCUUUGGAUCCCGCGGAGGCGCAAUGGACUCGAUUGGUCAAGACUACGUACUCUGAUCCGUUGGGAACUGAAAGAACAUGGGAAUUUGCGGAGCGUCAGACACGCCCAGCUGGUUGCGAAAUCGAUGGUGUGGGUGUUAUUGCCAUUCUCAAAAAGCUAACCGGACCCGAACUACUCCUCCAAAGGCAAUAUCGACCCCCAAUUGACAAAAUCGUCAUCGAGGUUCCUGCAGGUCUGAUUGAUCCGAACGAGACUCCGGAGCAGUGUGCCGUACGCGAGCUUAAAGAAGAGACUGGCUUCGUCGGAGUAGCGGAAAAGACCAGUUCUAUCAUGUAUAAUGAUCCCGGGUUUUGCAACACCAAUCUGAAGAUGGUCCAUGUACGAGUUGAUAUGAGCCUACCAGAGAACCAGAAUCCACAGCCAGAGCUUGAAGAGAACGAGUUCAUUGAGUGCUUUACAGUUCCCUUGUCUUCCUUGUUUGAGGAAAUAAGGAAACUUGAGAAAGAGGGUUACGCUAUUGAUUCUCAUGUCGCAACUCUAGCUGAGGGAAUUGAACUGGCGAAGAAAUGGAAUCUGUGA